ACCAGAAACCACGUCGGUGCUAUUGCUAUAUAUUGCUCCUCAAAGGACGAAGUUUUGUUUGAUACAACCCUUCUUCUCCAUCGAGGAGAAAAGCCGCAUAGAUAAGAACAAGGAGCUACUAACGGACUAACAUAAGAUAAGAAUUAUGAACAAAUCAAAGAGAGAUUCAGACUAACAAAGUGCUCAUUUUGUCUCUCGUGAAAACAGAUCAAAGAUCUAAUUUUUUGAAACCCUAGAUUUCGAUCGCUGGUGGUGGUCAUUGACUGCCAUGGAUUUGCGCUUUCCGUUUUCUCCGGCGGAGGUCGCCAAGGCUCGUAUGGUCCAGUUCGGCAUACUGAGCCCUGACGAAAUUCGGCAAAUGUCAGUGGUCCAUAUAGAGCACAGUGAGACUACAGAAAGGGGAAAACCAAAGCCAGGUGGUCUAAGCGACCCUAGGCUUGGGACAAUCGACCGGAAGAUGAAGUGCGAGACUUGUAUGGGCAGCAUGGCCGAGUGUCCUGGGCACUUUGGUCACCUCGAGCUCGCUAAGCCAAUGUUUCACAUCGGAUUCAUGAAAGCUGUGCUUAGUAUUCUUCGUUGUGUCUGCUUCAAUUGCUCCAAAAUACUAGCAGAUGAGGAUGAGCCCAAAUUCAAACAAGCCAUGAGAAUAAGAAAUCCCAAGAAUAGGCUAAAAAAGAUUUUGGAUGCAUGCAAAAACAAAAGCAAAUGUGAAGGAGGGGAUGAAAUUAAUCUGCAAGGCCAAGAUCCUGACGAACCUGUCAAGAAGACUAGGGGUGGUUGUGGGGCUCAACAGCCCAAGAUUAGUAUAGAUGGCAUGAAAAUGGUUUCAGAAUAUAAAGGUCAGAAGAAGAAGAAUGAUGACCAGGAACAGAUGCCAGAGCCAGGACGUAAACAACUUACGGCAGAAAUGGUCCUUAGCAUUCUGAAGCGGAUAAGUGAUGAAGACUGUCAAUUGUUAGGACUAGACCCCAAAUAUGCUCGCCCAGACUGGAUGAUUCUUCAAGUACUUCCUGUACCCCCACCUCCAGUUAGGCCUUCUGUAAUGAUGGAUACAUCAUCCAGGAGUGAGGAUGAUUUGACUCAUCAACUAGCGAUGAUUAUACGGCACAAUGAAAAUUUAAAGAAGCAAGAACGUAAUGGGGCACCCGCACACAUCAUUUCCGAAUUUGCACAGUUAUUGCAGUUCCACAUUGCUACUUAUUUUGACAAUGAACUUCCUGGUCAACCUAGGGCUACUCAAAGAUCAGGUAGACCUAUCAAAUCAAUAUGUAGUAGAUUAAAAGCUAAAGAAGGUCGAAUCAGAGGCAACUUGAUGGGUAAGCGGGUGGAUUUCUCUGCUCGAACUGUGAUCACUCCAGAUCCAACUAUUAACAUCGAUCAAUUGGGAGUCCCGUGGAGUAUCGCUUUGAAUCUCACUUAUCCAGAAACUGUGACACCAUACAAUAUCGAAAGGUUGAAGGAACUCGUUGAGUAUGGGCCACAUCCUCCACCGGGUAAAACUGGGGCCAAGUAUAUAAUCAGGGAUGAUGGACAAAGGCUUGAUCUUCGCUACUUAAAGAAGAGCAGUGAUCAACACCUCGAGCUUGGAUAUAAGGUGGAGCGGCACUUGAAUGAUGGAGAUUUUGUCCUAUUCAACCGACAACCCAGUCUACAUAAGAUGUCUAUAAUGGGACAUAGGAUAAAAAUCAUGCCAUACUCCACUUUCCGUUUGAAUUUGUCUGUCACCUCACCCUACAAUGCUGAUUUUGAUGGUGACGAGAUGAACAUGCAUGUUCCACAGUCAUUUGAAACUAGAGCUGAAGUACUUGAACUCAUGAUGGUCCCCAAGUGCAUUGUGUCACCUCAGGCAAAUAGACCUGUAAUGGGAAUUGUCCAGGAUACCCUUCUAGGGUGCCGCAAAAUCACUAAAAGAGACACUUUCAUUGAGAAGGAUGUUUUUAUGAAUAUAUUGAUGUGGUGGGGAGAUUUUGAUGGAAAGGUCCCUGCUCCAGCAAUCUUGAAACCCAGGCCACUUUGGACAGGGAAACAAGUUUUCAAUCUCAUCAUACCGAAGGCCAUAAACCUCAUUAGAUAUUCAUCCUGGCAUUUAGAUACAGAAAAAGGGUUUAUUACUCCAAGAGAUACUCAAGUUAGAAUUGAAAAGGGGGAGUUGCUUACGGGAACUCUUUGUAAGAAGAGUCUUGGGACAUCCACUGGAAGUCUAAUACAUGUUAUAUGGGAAGAAGUGGGACCUGAUGCAGCACGUAAAUUUCUUGGACAUACUCAGUGGCUUGUUAACUACUGGCUAUUGCAGAAUGGCUUUAGUAUUGGUAUUGGGGAUACAAUCGCUGAUGCUAUGACCAUGAAAAAUAUCUGUAACACUAUUUCUGAUGCAAAGAACAAAGUUAAAAAGCUUAUAAUAGAUGCUCGAGAGAAGUUGUUAGAGGCUGAACCUGGGAGAACAGUUCAAGAGUCAUUUGAGAAUAAAGUAAAUCAGGUUUUGAACAAGGCUCGUGAUGAUGCUGGAACGUUUGCUGAAAAGAGUUUAGCUGAGAGCAAUAAUCUCAAAGCUAUGGUAACUGCUGGAUCAAAGGGAAGUUUUAUAAACAUUUCUCAAAUGACUGCCUGCGUGGGGCAGCAGAAUGUUGAAGGGAAGCGAAUCCCUUUAGGCUUCAUUCAAAGGACUCUCCCUCAUUUCAGCAAAGACGACAAUGGUCCAGAAAGUCGUGGCUUCGUUGAAAACUCUUACUUGCAAGGGUUGACCCCACAGGAGUUCUUUUUCCAUGCUAUGGGUGGUAGAGAAGGUCUGAUUGACACUGCGGUGAAAACAUCUGAAACUGGUUACAUCCAAAGGCGAUUGGUGAAAGCCAUGGAAGAUAUCAUGGUCAAAUAUGAUGGUACAGUCAGGAACUCAUUAGGUGAUGUUAUCCAGUUCCUCUAUGGGGAAGAUGGUAUGGAUUCUGUUUGGAUAGAAACACAAAGGUUAGAGUCCCUGAAAGUCAAUAAAUUGACGUUUGAUGACAUGUACAAAUACGAGAUUGAUGAUCCAAACUGGAAUCCAAAUUACAUGAUCCCAGAUGCUAUUGAUGACUUGAGGUUAAUACGUGAGAUCCGAAGUGUCUUUGAUGCAGAGGUUCAGAAGCUUGAAUCCGAUAGGCUCCAGCUGGGAACAGAGAUUAUUGUCACUGGUGAUAACUCCUGGCCCCUACCUGUUAAUAUUCAGAGACUGGUCUUAAAUGCUCAAAAGACUUUUCGGAUUGACUUCCGAAGACCAUCCGAUAUGCACCCUAUGGAGAUUGUGGAAGCCGUCGACAAACUACAAGAAAGGCUUAAGGUUGUUCAUGGUGAUGACUAUCUCAGCAUAGAAGCUCAAAAAAAUGCAACCCUCUUCUUCAACAUUUUGCUUCGUAGUGUCUUGGCAAGUAAAAGGGUCCUGAAGGAGUACAGACUCACGAGAGAAGCUUUUGAUUGGGUAAUAGGGGAGAUAGAGUCUCGCUUUUUACAGUCACUUGUUGCACCUGGUGAAAUGAUUGGCUGCGUUGCUGCACAGUCAAUAGGUGAACCAGCUACACAAAUGACUCUUAACACCUUUCAUUAUGCUGGCGUGAGUGCAAAGAAUGUCACUCUAGGUGUACCAAGGCUGAGGGAGAUCAUUAAUGUGGCAAAGAAAAUAAAAACCCCGUCUCUUUCUGUGUUCUUAAAGCCUGAAGUGGGUAAAACGAAGGAGAGAGCUAAAGCGGUACAGUGUGCUUUGGAGUAUACCACCCUGAGGAGUGUGACCAAGGCCACAGAAGUGUGGUAUGAUCCAGACCCUAUGAGCACCAUCAUCGAAGAGGAUGUCGAGUUUGUUAAGUCGUAUUAUGAGAUGCCAGACGAAGAGAUUAACCCUGACAAGAUAUCUCCAUGGUUGCUUCGAAUUGAGUUGAAUCGUGAAAUGAUGGUGGACAAGAAACUCAGCAUGGCUGACAUUGCAGAGAGGAUCAACCUUGAAUUCGACGAUGACGUUACCUGCAUUUUCAAUGACGAUAACGCUGAAAAGUUGAUUCUCCGGAUUCGCAUCAUGAAUGAUGAAGCUUCGAAGGGUGAAUUGGAUGAUGAAUCUGCUGAGGAUGAUGUUUUUCUGAAGAAGAUAGAGAGCAACAUGUUGACCGAGAUGGCUCUUCGUGGCAUUCCUGACAUUAACAAAGUCUUCAUCAAGAGCACCAAAGUACAAAAAUUUGAUGUGAAGGAAGGCUUUAAAGCUGAGGAAGAAUGGAUGUUGGACACUGAGGGAGUCAACCUCCUAGCAGUCAUGUGUCAUGAAGAUGUUGAUGCCAAAAGAACAACAAGCAACCACUUGAUUGAAGUCAUUGAGAUUCUUGGGAUUGAGGCAGUUCGAAAGGCAUUACUUGAUGAAUUGCGUGCUGUCAUAUCUUUCGAUGGUUCUUAUGUGAAUUACAGACACUUGGCCAUUUUGUGUGACACUAUGACAUAUCGUGGCCAUUUGAUGGCCAUCACCCGGCAUGGAAUAAACAGGAAUGACACAGGACCGAUGAUGAGGUGUUCAUUUGAAGAGACUGUGGACAUUCUUCUCGAUGCUGCUGUGUUUGCUGAGUCGGAUUACUUGAGGGGUGUUACUGAAAAUAUUAUGUUGGGUCAGCUUGCACCAAUUGGGACAGGCGACUGUGCUUUGUAUCUGAAUGAGGAGAUGUUGAAACAUGCUAUUGAGAUCCCGUUGCCUAGUUACAUGGACGGUGGGCUUGAAUUUGGAAUGACACCUGGACGGUCCCCGAUCAGUGGCACCCCAUAUGAUGGUCUCAUGUCUCCUAUGCUUAGUCCUAAUUUCAGAAUGUCACCAUCCACCGGUGCUCAGUUUUCUCCUUUAAUCAGCGGAAUGGCUUUUUCACCCUCUUCUUCCCCAUUUAGCCUUCCCUCUUCUAAGUACAGUCCGUCUUCACCGGUAUACAUGCAAUCUGGAUACAGUCCAUCCUCACCCAAUUAUAGCCCUGACUCUUCCUCCGGUUAUAGCCCUACCUCUCCAGCAUAUUCUCCCACCAGUCCAUCCUACUCACCAACUUCACCGAGCUACAGCCCCACCUCACCGAGCUACAGCCCCACCUCGCCUAGCUACAGCCCUACCUCACCUAGUUACAGCCCUACCUCACCUAGUUACAGCCCUACCUCACCAGCUUAUAGCCCUACAUCUCCUGCAUACAGCCCGACUUCUCCAUCAUACAGCCCGACAUCACCUUCGUAUAGUCCAACUUCUCCAUCUUAUAGUCCAACAUCACCAUCCUAUAGCCCUACUUCACCAGCAUACAGCCCUACCUCUCCUGGGUAUAGUCCUACAUCACCAAGCUAUAGUCCCACCUCACAGAGCUACAAUCCUUCAGCAAGGUACAGCCCAUCACUUGCAUACUCACCCACCAGCCCCAAGCUGUCUCCUAGUCCAUACAGCCCAUCUUCCCCAAGUUACAGUCCUACAUCACCAUCGUACUCACCAACAUCUCCUUCUUAUUCACCUUCCAGCCCAACCUAUAGUCCAACCAGCCCAUACAACUCGGGCACAAGUCCGGAUUACAGCCCUAGUUCUCCUCCAUACAGUCCAAGUGCAGGUUAUUCUCCCAGUGCACCUGGGUAUUCCCCGUCUUCUACAAGCCAAUAUACACCCCAAAUGAGUGAUAGGGAUGACAAGAGCAUUAAAGAUGACAAAAGCAAACUCUAGAGACCAGAGUUUGUUGAUAUCAAUGAUACUAUGAAGUAAGUGCAGGAUACUAUGAAGUAAUUGCAGGACGAUUUUGAGGAUCAUUUUAAUUUGAUCUUUUUAACGAUGGAUGACACAUUAUUCGGGCUCUUAUUGCUUCUUAUAUGCCCAUCAGCUGCUUGUGAUGCGCGCGGGGACAGCCCUUAGGGGGAAAAUCAAGUUUGUGGAAACCAAUAUGGAUGUGGUGAGUAAGGAUUUGCGGGAAGCUUUUCCGAAGGUGGUGUUUGUUAUAUGUUAGAUUGGUGCAUGAGUGAAACUGUUAAAGCACUAAAUAUUCGAGUUCAUCUCAUUUGUUAAUGCUGUGUAUAACAUAACAUCCAGCUAUACUCCAUUUUUAGAAAUGUUUCUCAUUCCCAAAAUAAUAGCUACGCAUAGGCUCGGUCCGGACUGGCUGAUCAUAAAAUUUUUAAGUGAGGCUUGGAACUGGGACAUAUUUUCCGAUUCUAGGACACCCAUCCUUUCAAAAAAAUCCCAAUGAUUCUAAUGCAAUAAAAUAAAAUAAAUGGGGUUGGAAUCGUCUCAGUAUCGGUCUCAUUAUUUGGGUUGAUUCCAUUUUUUUGCAUUU